CUCAAAAUUAGUUUUCGUUAGUUCAAAAAAUCAAAUAAUUUAUAUGUUGUAAAAUGGAAGAUUUUCCCUUACAAUCUGCAGUUUCCCAAGACGUAUACCAAAAACUUAAGCAAGCUAACAUAAACACAGCUCUGUUAUUUCUCGUAACGAAUUCUUUAGAACUAGCAAAAAUCGUUGAUUCAAAUGAAGAAGAAGUGGAAAAAAUCAAAUUCGAUAUAGCAAAAACAAUCCACAAACCUAACACCAUAAUUAAAGCUAGUGCUGUAAACUCUUGGAAACGAUUGAAGACAGGUUGUAACAACAUAGAUGCCGUAUUAAAAAAUGGCGUACCUCUCGGAUUAAUUACAGAAAUAUAUGGAUGUAGUGGAGUUGGUAAAACGCAAUUGUGUUUGCAAUUGGCCCUUCAAGUACAAUUACCCAUCGAUAUGGAUGGUCUAGGAAAAGGAGCUGUGUACAUAUGCACAGAAGGCGUUUUCCCCUCGCAACGUUUACAUCAAUUGGCAAACGUAUUUAGAAGCAAAUACAAUUGCCCUAAUAAAAAUUUUGAAGAUUCCGUUUUCUUAAAGCACGUUUCUGUAGUGGCAGAACUUCAACACUGCUUAUCCGUGGAAUUGCAGUUGUUACUUAGAAGAGAAAAUAUAGGUUUAAUCAUAGUCGAUUCAAUAGCAGGUCCGUUUAGAAGUGACAAUGUUAGAGAAUAUGCAAUGAGAAGUAGAGAUUUAAUUGGCAUCGCACAUAAAUUGAAUGAAAUUGCCAAUGAACAUAAUAUUGCCAUCGUUUGUACCAAUCAGGUACUUGAUGAUAUAGAGAACAAUAAAGUGGAGCCUUGUUUAGGUAUUGCGUGGAGUAAUAGCUUAAAUUAUCGUUGCCAGAUACUAAGAAGCAACGAUAAUUCUUUAAGGGAAUUUGAAAUUGUAUUUUCACCAGAUUUAUUAAGACAAAAAUGCUGUUUUUCCGUUACAGAAGAAGGUUUAAUAUAAGG